AUGGGACAGCCAUCCCCAAAGAGACGUCGCCUCUCCCCCGCCGACAUCGACCUCACUGAUGACGGCCCUCAGCCCGCGACACGCCCAAAGCCGCCCGUCGACCAGCCCGACACCGGCCAGACCAAGCUCGCACCCCUCUUCCGCCCGCCCGCACCCUCGCAGGGCGCCUGGUUCGCCAACCUCGGCUCGGGCAAAGGCUGCGGCCACUUCGUCUCGCGCUCGCCUGCUCCCUCGACCAAAAUCGCCGCGUUCGACAUCGACGGCACCCUGAUUCGCCCGCACGGCAACUCAAAGUACCCCAAGAGCGACUCGGACUGGGAGUGGAUCAGCCCGCACGUCGUCCCCAAGCUGCGCAAGCUCCACGCCGACGGGUUCGCCAUCGUCCUCUUCACGAACCAGGCGCUCACCGACACCCGCCUCAACUGGUUCAAGCGCAAGAUCCCUGCCGUCGCUCGCGCUCUCGAUGUCCCGCUGCGCGUGUUCGCCGCGUUCGACCACAACGAGUUCCGCAAGCCGGCGCCCGCCAUGUGGCUCGCGUUCGAGACAAAGUUCAACGGCGGCCUGUCGAUCGGCGCGCUCAAGGACCACUCGGACACGGACCACAAGUUUGCGCUCAACUGCGGCCUGCCGUUCAUGACGCCCGAGCAGUUCUUCCUCGACAAGCCGGCGCACGCUCCGGUCGAGUUCGGCGGCUGGGACCCUCGCACGCACGACCACUCCUCGCCGCUCUACUCGCCCUGCUCGCCGCCGCUCCUCCCGCGCCGCCGCAGCGAGUUUGACGACGAGCCGCCGCCCGAGGUCGUCAUCUUUGUCGGGCCGCCGGGCGUCGGCAAGACGACCUUCUUCAAGACCCACUUUGCGCCCAAGGGCUACGUCCACGUCAACCAGGACACGCUCAAGACGCGCCAGGCGUGCCUCGCCGCCGUCCGGCGCGCCCUGACGGCCUCGCCCCCCAAGUCGGUCGUCGUCGACAACACGUCGCCCUCGGCGUCGGUCCGCGCCGAGUACGUCGACCUCGUGCGCUCGCUCAACGUGCCCGGCGCCGGCGGCGCGGUACCGGUACCGGUGCCCGUGCGCGUGCGCUGCGUCUACUUUACGGCGCCGCUCGAGCUCGCGAUGCACAACAGCGUGUACCGCGCGCUGCACGAGCCGGAAGACGCGAGCGGCAGCGGCAGACGGCGCGAGGUGCUGCCGCUCGCUGCGUUCCUCGGGUACAAGAGCCGGCUCGAGGUGCCCAGGCUCGACGAGGGCUUCGACGACCUCAAGCACGUCCACUUCAAGUUCUCGGGCUCGCCCGACCAGCUCGCGCGGUGGCACCAGUGGCUCGGCGACGUGUAUGGGUACAAGCCGCCGGCCAAGGGACACAAGGUCGUCGCGGCGGCGGCGGCGGCGGCGGCGGGAGGGACGAAGAGGGGGAGGAAGUGA